GCCAGUAGAAUCACAUCGCUCUCGUUCAGGCUGCGCCUCUCUCCCACGCCCAUGCUGCAGCUCCGUGUCCGCCCGGUGCUCUGCUGCUUUCUCCCUGCUGUUAGAGCAUCGCCCUGCAUGCCGCUGUGUCUCCAGCUGAGCCUUUGGUCGGCUUGGCGGGGCGGUUUCUCUCCAGGUGCAUGCCGGCCGCCUUGCGCACUCCUGCAGCUCAGUGCGCACUACCGCUGUCCGACCGCCUGGGAGGAGGACAGAGUCAGGGGGAGGAGGAGGAGGAGGAAGAAGAGGAGGAGAACUGCAAGGCGAGGUUGCAGGUGCAUAGCCAGGAGAGCCAGAAUGCUAAGGUGCGUUAGUCAGGAGAACAGACUCUCUCUCCUCCCUCACUUCUCCACCCGUUUUCGCUUCUCACGCCUCCUUGUCUCAUUGCGCCAUCUGCUGUUAAAGUUGUUAGGGAACAAAACCACAGACAGAGAUCGGGUGGAGAACCAUAGAGUGUACCAGAAGCUCCGAGCUUACAGUGCCUUGAAAAAAGUAUUCAUGCCCCUUGAACUUUUUCACAUUUUGUCACUCUACAACCACAAAUUUAAAAGUAUUUUAUUGAGAUUUUUUUGUCAUAGACCAACACAAAGUAGCAAAGUAGAAAAUCUAUAUUUUUUAUGCACCAGCAAGCUUGUUAUUAAAUAUUACUUAAAUAUUACUUUAAUUACAUUUUCCAAAAUUUCAAAUCGUCAUAGCUCGGUCAUGUUUUUGCCUAAAGGCCUGAAAGUUUCCGAGAUGGCGCGGUAUUCGCCCCUGAACACAUUUCUCAAGACAUUUUGUUUUUUCGGCAAAGCGCCCCCCAGUGGCAUCAGAAAAGGUCAUUUUUUUUGUGUGUUUGUAUGUCCAGCUCUGGCUGUGUGUCACUGAGCGGACUUAAAACCAUUACCGGAAUACUCAAAACGCGUUGCAGUUGCGGCACAUUUUAUGAGGUGUGAGCCACAAUAUGUUGUGGCUCCUCACCAAAGGGCAGUGGCCUCGGUGGUGCCGCAAAGUCACGUGUUAUCAACUGCAAAACACAUCAAAUAAAGCUAUUCUGUUAUAAAGGUGCCAACAAAAUAAAAAACUUAAAGUUCUGUACUUAAAGCAAUAAAAAAAUUAAUGUAAUAAAAACAAAUGUACCACGUUUACAAAUCCCCCUUCCUGGUCCGUCAAGUUUCUUUUUUGGGCCUCAAACUAGUGAACAAAUUUUAAAAAAUUUUCAGUUACCUCUGCACAUUUACUCUUUAACAGGUAGACUUGUGGCCACUUAUUAUAUUAAUCAUUCAUGACUUAGAUGUACUGGUGUCUGUCAUUUGUUGGUUGAAGCUUCCCUGUGAGGUCCAUCCCAACCAAUUCAAAAGGUUAUGUAGCCUAAAGGAAAGGAAAUGAUACACAGUAGUUAAGGUUUUACAUGCCUUAUUUGAUUGUGUGUUAAGGAAAAUCAUCAGUUACACUCUCUUACAGUGUACUAAAAACCCAAAGGGUGACCACACACCUGCAAACAUUUACCACUAAUGCACUGUUCAUUUAAUGUGUGAACUAGAAAAAUGCUUCAACCAUUGUUAUAAAAAAAUAAUGAAACGAAACCAAAUUAUUCUAUUUAAAACAUAGGAGUGUCUGUCUGACCUGAAAAACCUGUAAAUCUGCAUCACCAUUAACUUGACAUACAGAGUGUGUCUGCAGCUGGUAUGCAGAAUCACUUUGGAGAGCGGAGGAGAAUCAUGGAGCAGCUGCUGGUCCUGCUGGGGUCUUUUCUCCUGGUAUCGCUCUGCAGAGGGCAGGUCCUAUGUCACGAGCAGAACUGUCCUCACUUUAAACCGGUUUCAAAAACUGAUGUAGGUGUUUAUUCAGCUCGCUCACACACACAUUCUUUUCGUAAGUAUUUUUUUCUUACCAGAGUAUGACUGGAAAAUCUGUUCGUGGUCUCUGUUUGUCUUCAGGAUUAUGAGGAACGUCUCUAUGAAGCAACUGACUGGAUCACCACCAAAGUUGAGAACAAUGACUUAUGGGCAGCAAAUGUAAGGCUGGGGGAUUACUGCAAGAGACAGAAAGCAGCAGGUAAGUCAAAAUAAAAUGGUUAAUUGAUAUCAAAGUUUAUUUAAAAAGGUACUAAUCCAUGGUUCCAACUAUGAACCAGUGAAAUGUAUAAGCUCUGAUCGUACGUUACUCUUGAAUCUAAAAAACAGCUUUCAAAGCACCAGACAUUUCCUAUUACGAUGAUUCAUACCUAAAUCUGACACACCCUACAGACACCCUUUAUUACAGGGCUUUAAAUUAAGCCGUGUUGUAUCUUUUUAAAAUGCAUAGUAGAUGUGGGAGAGUCCCUGUAAAUUUUUACAUCUGUUUUUUUUUUUUCUCUCAAAAUAAAACAAAAUUUUACUACUGUUCAUAAAAUAUAUAUAAUAUUUAUAAAAUAUUAUUUAUAAAAAUAUCAUAAAAUAUUUCACUCAAUGUCUUUUUUUAAUGUGUUCAUCAUCUGACAACAUGUAACACAAGUUAGUGUUUCAGUUUUUGAGACAAGAUCACAUAGGUAUAUGAUUACACUUAAAGCCCCUGAGAGGAGUUUUUAAAACAGACUGAAUUAACAGAGAUGAUACUAUCUGGUCUAUGAAAGCAGACUAUACUAUUAAUAACAAAAUUAACUACAUCUAAUUCUUUAUCAUCUAGUGUGUGCGUGCAUUUAUAUAUACAUUUGUAUAAGCUAUUCGGACAUAUUGGAGGACGUUUCAAUCUGAUUUUGGUUGAUGUUCCAGUUAAAUGUUCUUAGGCAGUUGUAAAAAUUUCAGGGUGAACAGAUGUGCUCACCAUAUUUAGUCAUCUUGGCUGAUAAUGUGUUUUUAGCUCAUACUUAUUCCCUGAAUACCAAAAGCUGCUAUGAAAAGUGCAGUAAGUAACAUUUCAACUACACAAAUCACCCAUUCACAUCGGUGAAUCUUCACAGACAAUGGUUCUUCAUCUUAUUGACAAAAUCAAAAGUUUGGUACAUCUCAAAGUUUCUGGUACAUCUUUAAAAUACGACUUAUGAAGUUUUUAAUGACAUUUGUGUGCAUCUCUGGGAAAUUAGUUUCUGCAGUUCUGCAUUUUUAUUUAAGGUACGUCCUCUCUGUUACUGUUCUCUUGUCCAGGUUACAACUUUGCGGUUGACGCUUGGCCAGUGCUGAUCACAGAGCGUCCUGAUGGUCACUAUUUGUCCUGGUACGUUCCUCCGGGUAUGAAAAAACCUGAAGACACUGAUGAGCAUGUCAAACUGGAUACAAGACCAGCAGGAACUGUUUACGUCAAGUAAGAAACAAUAUUUUAUUUUUUUAGAUGUAAUCACCGAGCUAACCCAUAAAACAAUUCGCUCCAUGCUACUGAUGUUGAUUUAACUAACUGGAAAUUAGACAAACUCCUGCAUUACAAACAAAAUUUGCUGGAUUACAUGGCAAGCAUGACCGUGCAAAUCAUCACAAACUUAUCUGGGACAUUUUAGGUUGUCAUGUUGUGUCCAGUCAUGUGCCUCACUAUCACUGGGAACUAUAAUGUUAUGCAUUUAAGACCACCAGUCCAAAAACAAACAAACAAACAAACAAAACAGGGAAAAAGAACCAAACUAGAACUCCCGAAGAGUGCAGCUGCUGUCCCAAUAACAGGGUCAUUGGACACAGUGGGUUAUUGAAUCUUUUUGCAAGCAACUACACAUCAUAUUGACACUGAGUGGGUAUUUUAAAAUAUUCUUCUGCAUAUUUCUUAAUUUUUUUAACUGUGUUGUCUAUGAGGUCAAAACAGUACCUCUAUUAGACAGAAUAAACACUUCAAAGCUGUCUUCUUGCUCUAAGUCAUGGUUUCAGACCCCACUUCCGUAGCAGCACAUCAUUUAUAUAAUUAUAAAUCUAAAAUUCAAGAUCAUUAGGCAUAAUUUAUAGCAUUCCAUUUAUUUAUCCCACAUUUAAGAUGCUAGUAAGAUAAUGGAAUUCAAAUACACUAUUCAAAUUCUGUUGUUAGUCCUAGUUCAUAAUAUCUUAACCUUGUUUCAACUUUAACAUGACAUCACCUGAUGUGCUUUUCUUCUGUCAUUGUUCAUCAUUACUUUGCAGAGUCUUUGAUGGUGAGCCAAGCAUGGAGAAGGGUAAAGAAAUCAAGGUGGGGCUUCAGAAGGCCUUGGAUAAAGCCCUGAAAGAUUAUGAUCCCAGUUCUUCAGCAGGAGCUGGCUUUGAACCAUUUAUCUAUCCUACUCACCACAAUGAGGUCUGGAUCCAGGCUGCAGACCACAAUUAGACCAAACCAACUACUUCCUUCUUCUGCAUUCAAUGUAAAACAGACAAGUAAUUUACUAUGAUAAACUUAUUCAUUAAACUUUUAAUACAUUAAACAGGGUGAAAUUCAUAAAUAAUGCCUGAAAGUGGUGCAAGGGUGGAGGUGUUACAAUUUCUGUCUUAAAUAUUCACCAUAAAUGAGACAUUUGACCUCCAAAAGUCAAAAAGAUGCAAUCUUUUUUUGUCUAAAAUCACUAUUAAAUUAAAGGACAAGUCAAACAAAGACUGCUUGUGUUCACGGGAGUCAAACUGAACUGAAAGUAAAAUUCUCAGCGG